AUGUCAACCAUAACAUUUGUUACAGGAAACGCCAACAAACUCAAAGAAGUAACUGCAAUAUUAUCAACUUCCUCAGAAGAGUCCAACAAAGUGGGUAAAUUCUGCAUUACAAACAAAUCCAUCGACUUGGAUGAAGUUCAAGGCACCAUUGAAGAAGUCACAAUUCAUAAAGCCAAAUCCGCAGCUGAGCAAAUUAAUGGUCCUGUCUUAGUUGAAGAUACAUGUUUAGGAUUCAAUGCAUAUAAUGAUUUACCUGGCCCAUACAUAAAGUGGUUUGUUAAACUGAUAGGAUUGCAAGGACUAGUCAAGAUGUUGGCUGGGUUUGAAGAUAAAGGAGCCAAUGCAAUUUGUACCUUUGGGUAUUGUGAAGGACCGGGUAAAGAAGUCAAGAUAUUCCAAGGAAGAACCCAAGGUACUAUUGUUGAUAGUAGGGGUCCAACUGACUUCGGAUGGGAUUCAGUGUUUCAACCAAUUGGAUAUGAUCAGACUUAUGCUGAGAUGGAUAAAUCAGUUAAAAACACAAUAAGUCAUAGAUAUAGAGCAUUAGAUAAAGUCAGAGAUUAUUUAGUAUCACUUUAG